AAAUAAAACAUACGUCUAUCCAUUUAAUAUAAUUAAUACAUGGUUCGAUAUCUUGCGUUUAUUUAUCACCUUUAUUUUUACAAAUAAUUGCUACCGAUAAACACCUUUCGGUCGUAGAACUGCCAUUUGACAAUUGCCAUUUAUUGAAUUGCCUUUAUUGAAAUAGGUGUAUGCUACAUUUUCUUCUCAUAACGACUAAUCUCCAGGCUCUUUAUUGUUUGAUCGUUUCAGGCUAAUUAUUUUAAAAACAAAUUUUCAAAACUGUUGCCAAGAAUAGCGUUGAUGAUAUAAAAGUUCUAGCUCCCGAUUCUCGCCCACCGAUUAGAGGUAGUAUAUUUACAGGAAAUAACAAUUUAAAUGCUGCUCUUUAUCCUGCCACUCAUGAAUAACAAAGAGGGCAAUUUCAAUGUUGUUCUUCAGUGCCACUCUGAAUCACAAAGGUGGCAAUUGAAAUGCUGCUCUUUGGCUUUAUUGACACUCUGAAUCACGAAGGUGCAAUUUAAAUGCUGCUCUUUGGCUUUAUUGACACUCUGAAUCACGAAGGUGCAAUUUAAAUGCUGCUCUUAACUGCCACUCUACAACCGCUAAAGGUGUGAGAAUGAACCGGACUAAUCUAACAUCCCGCGCCCCCGCUGCGUACGGAACCCAGACGUCCUCUGCGUGGAUCUUCGCUGGGGUCAGUGUCUACGUCCCUCUGUCCACCUGCAUCAUCUUAGGCAACCUAUUGGUUAUCAUCGCCUUCGUAACUACCACCAAACUUAAGACAAAGACAAACUAUUUUAUCGUAUCGCUAGCUCUUGCCGAUCUACUCGUCGGCUCAUUCGCGGUUCCUGUCUGGACAUAUAUUCUGGUGAUGCGGGAUUUCCGUAAUCCAUACUAUAAAUAUUUCACUAUGUUUGAUAUGGUUUCUGGAGUAUCGUCUAUUCUUCAUCUGACGUGUAUAAGUUUGGAAAGAUGCUACGCGAUAGUGGCGCCCCUCAAACAUCGGAGGAUAACUAAAGGUGUUCUGGCGAUGGGAAUCGCGCUGUCCUGGGGACUUGCGGUCCUCAGUAUUGUCGUCAAGCACCUAAUUCAAAGAUGGCGAUUCGCUCCUCUCGUCACUACGGGGGUUUUCUUCCUGGCUCCACUCGUAUUUAUUGUGCUAGCUUACGUUGGUAUCUUUCUCACGGCCAGGAAAAGUUUGAAUAGUCAUAAAGGGCAUUCUCUCAAAAAGGAACUCCAAAUAGCGUACACCGUUGCCUUGGUAACAGGUGUAUUCAUAGUCUGCUGGGUUCCGUUUUUCAUGAUCACCGUUAUCUACGUCUUCCGGCCUUUUUCCUGGUUCGUGUGGGAUCUGCGCGUGCUUAUACUUAUCAAGGUCCUUCAUUACGGCAACAGCGCCUUUAACCCACUCAUCUACUCGGUGAGGAACAAGCGCUUUAACUUGGCCUUUAAAAGGAUUCUGCGUCAAAUGACGUGUCAGAAGACACAAGCAAUGGAAGAUUUUGAGACAACACGCGGUCUGACGAGAUUGCAACACAAGAGGACGACGACGAGACGCGAGCCGAGGAAGUCGGAGGAUAGGGUUAAAUUGACUGGAAAAUUCCGAAUUUCCUUUAAUAGCAGUGUGUAAAGAUAAAUCAAUAGAGUAUCGCGAAUGACGUAACAGAAAGGUGAAGUAUGCCUGAGGUCAUACAGUGACGGAUGCAGAGCUUUUCUUCAAUAAAAAACACCGAGUUUUAGUGAUUUAAGGAGUGCGCAUAUCACUUGUACCCAUCUUCAACCGUGCCUAGAAUACGCUGCACUCAAAAUGUUGCUAGUAGUCAAAGGUGACCAUAUAUGAAUGACCUACCCAACAAGUGCUUGACGUUUGAUUCAGACGUCGAACUGUUCAUGUGCGCAAUCAAAACAAUUAGAUUCGGCACGGCAGGAGCGCGAGGUAUCGGGCCUUAGUCGCACUUUACCGUCACGCAACGUUUGACCACGCAAUGGACUGGAUCUUCACAAAUGAAUACCCCUUGGACCUACAUACAAUGUUUACCUCACGCACUGCUAAUUAUCAUGUAAUAUCUAACAUUACACAAGGUCUAGUGUGACAUGUCACGGCAGGUCUGUUGUGACGCAACGUCUACCUCAUUCACUGCUUAUUAUCGUGUAAUGUCCAGCUUUACCCAAAGUUUAGUGUGACAUGUCACGGCAGGUCAUGUCACGCAACGUCUACCUCAUUCACUGCUUAUUAUCAUGUAAUGUCUAACUUUACACAAAGUCUAGCGUGACAUGUCAAGCAAGGUUUGCUGUCACGCGACGUCUACCUCACGCACUUGAUUGGCAUGUAAUGCCUAAAGAACGCAUGUCAUAACACAAGGUGUAGCGUGACACGUCACGGCAGGUCUGCUGUCACGCCAUCGAUGCUAUGACACAUUCUUUCGGAGGAAUACCAACACAUGGUUACUGUCCUCAGUCACAGAAGGCUGCCACGUAACUUUCUCUGUUUUAUAAACUGUAAUUAUUCUAUAAUCCUCGUCCGUGUAAAUUUGCAUCUAAUUUAUUUUUAAAUAAAAGUUACUGUUGUCAUAAAA